AUGAUGGAGGAGGAGAACACUAUCCGACCGCAUCAGGAGAUCCGCCAGCUGACGCUGGAGGAGAAGAAGUUUCUGCUGGCCGUGGAGCGGGGCGAUAUGGCUGGCACUCGGAGGAUGCUGCAGAAGGCCCAGGAUACGGAGUAUAUCAAUGUCAACUGCGUGGAUCCCUUGGGACGAACCGCCCUGCUGAUGGCCAUUGACAAUGAGAAUCUGGAGAUGGUGGAGCUGCUGAUCAACUACAAUGUGGACACAAAGGAUGCCCUGCUGCACUCCAUCUCGGAGGAGUUCGUUGAGGCUGUGGAGGUGCUGCUGGACCACGAGAAUGUCACCUUUCACAGCGAGGGGAAUCAUAGCUGGGAAUCCGCCUCGGAGGAUACUUCCACCUUCACGCCAGACAUAACGCCCCUGAUCCUGGCCGCCCAUCGCGACAACUAUGAGAUCAUCAAGAUCCUUUUGGAUCGGGGAGCCGUUCUGCCCAUGCCCCAUGAUGUGCGUUGUGGCUGCGAUGAGUGCGUCCAGUCUCGCCAGGAGGACUCCCUCAGGCACUCGAGAUCUCGCAUCAAUGCCUAUCGGGCACUGGCCAGCCCCAGUUUGAUAGCACUCUCCUCCAAGGACCCCAUCCUCACGGCCUUCGAGCUGUCCUGGGAGCUGCGCCGGCUCAGCUUUCUCGAGCACGAAUUUAAGAACGAGUACCAGGAGCUGCGCAAGCAGUGCCAGGACUUCGCCACCGCAUUACUGGACCACACUCGCACUUCCCACGAGCUGGAGAUCCUGCUCAACCAUGAUCCCACCGGACCGGUUUACGAGCACGGCGAACGAAUGCAUUUAAACCGCCUGAAGCUGGCCAUCAAACUGCGUCAGAAAAAGUUCGUGGCCCAUUCGAAUGUUCAGCAAUUGCUGGCGAGCAUUUGGUAUGAGGGAUUACCUGGUUUCCGAAGGAAGAACAUGGCCUUGCAAGCAGUGGACAUUAUCCGAAUCGGCAUCAUGUUUCCCAUCUUCUCGCUGGCCUACAUCCUGGCUCCCUACUCCAGCAUUGGCCAAACGAUGCGAAAGCCCUUCAUCAAGUUCAUCUGCCACAGCGCCUCCUACUUCACCUUUUUGUUUCUUUUGAUGCUGGCUUCUCAGCGGAUAGAGACCUUCAUUGGGGGCUGGUUCUUUGCGGACAAUUCUGGAAUGCUCAACAAGGUGGAGGAGCUGCCCACGAAGCGGGGGGCCAAACCGACCUUUAUAGAGUGGCUAAUCCUCGCCUGGGUCAGUGGUCUCAUCUGGAGCGAGGUGAAGCAACUGUGGGAUGUUGGUCUGCAGGAGUAUCUCAACGAUAUGUGGAAUGUGAUCGACUUUGUCACGAACUCUUUAUACGUGGCCACGGUGGCUCUGCGGGUGGUGUCCUUUUUCCAAGUUCAAAAAGAGAUGAUAUACAACUCCCAUGCCACGGAUCUGCCGCGAGAGCGUUGGGACGCCUGGGAUCCGAUGUUGAUUUCGGAGGGUCUAUUCAGUGCAGCGAACAUUUUCAGUAGCCUCAAGCUGGUUUAUAUAUUCUCGGUGAAUCCGCAUCUGGGGCCACUGCAGGUGUCGCUGUCCCGGAUGGUAAUGGACAUCAUGAAGUUCUUCUUUUUAUAUGUCCUGGUCCUCUUCGCUUUUGGCAGCGGUCUCAAUCAGUUGUUGUGGUACUAUGCGGAUCUGGAAAAGAAGCGUUGUCCUGAAGUUUCUCCCAUGAGUGCUCUUCUAAACAUGAAUGGAACUAACGAUCCAAAUGCCUGUAUAGUGUGGCGUAGGUUCUCCAAUUUAUUUGAGACGACUCAAACCCUUUUCUGGGCUGUCUUUGGCCUGAUAGAUUUGGACAGCUUUGAGCUGGAUGGCAUUAAGAUCUUCACCAGAUUCUGGGGCAUGCUUAUGUUUGGCACCUACUCGGUUAUCAAUAUUGUGGUGCUGCUCAACCUGCUUAUAGCUAUGAUGAAUCAUUCAUACCAACUAAUUUCGGAACGUGCUGAUGUGGAGUGGAAGUUUGCUCGGUCUAAGCUCUGGAUUAGCUAUUUCGAGGAGGGCGGAACCUGUCCACCACCAUUUAACAUUAUACCCACUCCAAAGUCCAUUUGGUAUGCUAUUAAAUGGAUGCGACGGGUCUUCUGCAGCGGAUCAUCAGCUGCACGAAGGGAACACCUCAAGACAAUAAGACGAAAGGCCCAACAGGCUAGUGAUCGGGACUUUAAGUACCAGCAGAUAAUGCGGAAUCUGGUCAGGAGGUAUGUGACAGUGGAGCAGAGGAAGGCCGAAUCCCAGGGCGUCACAGAGGACGAUGUGAACGAGAUCAAGCAGGACAUAUCCGCUUUCCGUUGCGAGUUGGUGGAGAUACUCAAGAACAGCGGCAUGGAUACUAAUGUGACGGCGGGACAAGGUGGUGGAGGUGGUGGCAAAAAGAACCGCCAGAAGGAGCGUCGCCUGAUGAAGGGCUUCAAUAUCGCACCACCUGGAUCCACGGGAUCCUUGGCUCCCGUGGCUGAGUUCUCCACCUCACUGGACAACUAUGACAACCAGCACGAGAUCCUCAGCUCCACGCUGUCCACCCUCUUCACUCCGAACUUCAUGCACAAGCGCCAGCAGAGUCAGGCCGGAAGUGGGGGCGGCGGAUCGGAGUCACCGACCACGCCCACGGCCGGUCAGGGGGGAACCCAGGGGGCGACAAUAGCCUCCACUACCCAGGUCACCAAGUACAACAAGUCCGCUCUGAAGCCGUACAACAAGCGCAUUGCGGGACACAAAAAGAGAUGGGGCACUUUGAUAGAAGCUGCCAAGGUUGGCAACGUGAGCAAAAUGCUGGGUCGUUCCAAGUCUGAGGACUCGGUGUGCAACUCCUCGCACACAUCCACUCCAGUUCACGGUCAGAUGCGGGUCACCUAUGCCCAGAACUCAGCCCAGCAGGGGUAUGGAUACCAUGGAGAGACCAGUUCCACAACAACAUCCACAUCCACAUCCACGCCAACUCCCACGAUUUCGGUGGUCAGUAACUCUCCAUCAGCUCACGCGGGAAUGGGAUCGCACUUCUUUCACACGACAAGCGGUCUUACUGCUAUUGCCGCCCUGAAGCGAAAACGCAAAAAGUUCUCGUCAAGCAAGAAUAUUUGCCCAGUUACCGAAUCCGUGGCUGCGGCAAAUGCUGCUGAGUUACUUAACGAUAAGACCCUGAAAAGGGUGUCCAGCUAUCCGGCAGCGGAGGCAGGAGUCCAGCACAAGGAUCCAGCCCAGUUGGUGAAGCCACGAAGGCAUGAACAAACCCAGAGCCAACACGACUCGGUGGAGACCAAUUCUACUUUCACGCUGUCCAUCGAUCCAUCCAAUACGUCCGUGAACUCCAGGGAACCUCUGAUCAGCACCAGUUGUGUUUCAACUACAGGAGCUAUUGGCUGAAAGAGUUUAAGGAACCCAGAGAAGACCAGAAAUACCAAAGAAAAAGAUAAGGGAUAGCCAGAUAUACCAAAGAUAGAGCAGCUAAACUACUUAGAUGGCGCACCUGAAGAAUACACUUAGAUACUAUACAGAUACACAUUGUUGACAUUUUUGAUAUGAAGACAUAACCGUGUGUGGAGCUAAACUAACUAAGGAAGCUAUACUUAAACAAACACAGCCUAGAUCUUAAAUUACCUCACCAUGUUAAGAUAUAGUGACCAUUCAGUGGAAUUAGCACACACCAUACCACUCACUAACUGUUAACCAACACUGGCAACUUCACCACUGAAACGAUAUUUCCUAUACCUCAACCUAACCUAUCAACUUUAUUUACAUUUCUUCAGCCUUCUAUCGAAUCGCCUAUAAAAAAGAAAUAUUCGGCUUGCCGAUGUUUAUAUAUUCUUGCAUUUAUGAACCAAAAUGAUCAGUUAUGGUCGUCCGAUUUUUAUACAAUUCCAAAUGAAAACUCAAAAUACAUUAAAACAAGCUUUUUUGUAUCAAGAUUGUCUCCUCAACCUGAACCAUAAAGCACACAUAUCAUGCAAUCGCUUUAUAGAGAAACCUUUUACACCAAAAAUCAAAGUACCAACUCCAAGUCCAGUUGGAAAUAUAGAUCCAAUAAAGUCCUUUACCAAAUACAAAUACAAAUACGAAUACUAAACUAUCCCAUAUCGAUGUUGAACGUUGCCUUAGCAUGAAACAUAUUUUUUAUACACAUAAGUUUUGGAUGAACAUUGAAUUACUGAAACGUACUGUACCCGCAAUGAGGGAAGCGCUGUGUAUUUGUUGAUUUGAGAAAAGGGAUUUUGAAACCGAGGAUUUGUUGUUGUUCCAGCAAGCAAGCAAGUAAGCAUGAAAAGCAAAGCAAAGCAAAAGCAAACGCAAAGCAAGAAAAUAAAUAAAUCAAAGGAAACCACAAUUUUAUACACCGAUUUUAACCAACACGACAAACAAUAAUCGAAUCGCAUACUACUUAAGUGUUUGCAUUUUAUGGGUAUAAAUAUCUGCGAUAAGAUGUGCAUAUCCAUAGCCUACACACACGACGAUUUUAGCAAAUAUAAUAUAUAUACAUAUACAUAUAGAAUACAAAUAUGAAUAAUCGAAAUUUUUAGAUGAUUUUUGCGUUACAGUAGACAAAUACCCACACAAAUACACGAAUAAUAUAUGAAAUAUCAACGAAAACAAUAACAAGGAAUAUCAUAUAGCAUUUUAUAAAAAUACUUUCUUUUGGAUCAGCAGAAAUAUGUUGCCCAAUUGGCAGACAUAACUUUGCUGAUGCCAGAAAAAAACAAUUUAAGGAGGCAGACGAAAUACCAAAUACAAUGUUAGAAU